AGCCCUCGCCAGGGGGCGCAGCGCCCGACGUCUAUCGCCUGCACACGCCCCCUGCGCCCCGGGCGCACGCGGGUCGCAGCUCCGGUGCCUGGGCAGGGCUCCCAGGGACCAGCGCGCCUGCCAUGGCCGUGGACCGGCUGGGGAGGCCCUUCGAGUGAGGGCAGUCAUGGAGGAGGAAGCGCGGCCGGCGGUCGGGGCCGGAGAGGCGGAGACCCCUGCGCGCGAGACGCCUCCCGCGGCCCCCGCCCAGGCCCGCGCGGCCUCAGGUGGAGUCCCGGAGUCUGCGCCCGAGCCUAAGAGGAGGCAGCUCGGGACGCUGCUUCAGCCGACCGUCAAUAAGUUCUCUCUCCGGGUCUUCGGCAGCCACAAAGCGGUGGAAAUCGAGCAGGAGAGGGUGAAGUCCGCCGGGGCCUGGAUCAUCCAUCCCUACAGCGACUUCCGGUUUUACUGGGACCUGAUCAUGCUGUUGCUGAUGGUGGGGAACCUCAUAGUCCUGCCCGUGGGCAUCACUUUCUUCAAGGAGGAGAACUCCCCACCCUGGAUCGUCUUCAAUGUCCUCUCUGACACUUUCUUCCUGCUGGAUCUGGUGCUCAACUUCCGAACUGGCAUUGUGGUGGAGGAAGGUGCCGAGAUCCUGCUGGCGCCAAGGGCCAUCCGCACACGUUACCUGCGCACCUGGUUCCUGGUGGACCUGAUCUCCUCCAUCCCUGUGGAUUACAUCUUCCUAGUGGUGGAGUUGGAGCCACGACUAGAUGCUGAGGUCUACAAGACAGCACGCGCGCUGCGUAUCGUUAGAUUCACCAAGAUCCUCAGCCUGCUGCGGCUGCUCCGCCUCUCCCGCCUCAUUCGUUACAUACACCAGUGGGAAGAGAUCUUCCACAUGACCUAUGACCUGGCCAGUGCAGUGGUUCGCAUCUUCAACCUCAUUGGGAUGAUGUUGCUGCUGUGUCACUGGGACGGCUGCCUGCAGUUCCUGGUCCCCAUGCUGCAGGACUUCCCUUCCGACUGCUGGGUCUCCAUGAACCGCAUGGUGGUGAGACGUCCCCCAGCUCUGGCACUCCUGGGCCUUAACCACUCGUGGGGUCGCCAGUAUUCCCAUGCCCUGUUCAAGGCCAUGAGUCACAUGCUGUGCAUUGGCUAUGGGCAGCAGGCACCGGUGGGCAUGCCGGACGUCUGGCUCACCAUGCUCAGCAUGAUUGUGGGCGCCACAUGCUAUGCCAUGUUCAUCGGUCACGCCACUGCACUUAUCCAGUCCCUGGACUCUUCCCGGCGACAGUACCAAGAGAAGUACAAGCAGGUGGAGCAGUAUAUGUCCUUCCACAAGCUGCCAGCUGACACACGGCAGCGCAUCCAUGAGUACUACGAGCACCGCUACCAGGGCAAGAUGUUCGAUGAAGAGAGCAUCCUGGGGGAGCUGAGCGAGCCACUUCGGGAGGAGAUUAUUAACUUCACCUGCCGGGGCCUGGUAGCCCACAUGCCGCUGUUUGCUCAUGCUGACCCCAGUUUCGUCACCGCAGUACUCACCAAACUCCGCUUUGAGGUCUUCCAGCCAGGGGAUCUGGUGGUGCGUGAGGGCUCCGUGGGCAGGAAGAUGUACUUCAUCCAGCAUGGGCUGCUCAGUGUGCUGGCACGGGGCGCCCGGGACACUCGCCUCACUGAUGGAUCCUACUUUGGGGAGAUCUGCCUGCUGACUCGAGGCCGGAGAACAGCCAGUGUAAGGGCUGACACCUACUGUCGCCUCUACUCGCUCAGCGUGGAUCACUUCAAUGCAGUGCUUGAGGAGUUCCCAAUGAUGAGAAGGGCUUUUGAGACUGUGGCUAUGGACCGGCUCCGUCGCAUAGGUAAAAAGAAUUCGAUAUUGCAGCGGAAACGCUCUGAGCCAAGUCCGGGCAGCAGCGGUGGCGUCAUGGAACAGCAUUUGGUACAACAUGACAGAGAUAUGGCUCGUGGUAUUCGGGGCCUGGCUCCUGGCACAGGGGCUCGGCUCAGUGGAAAGCCAGUGCUGUGGGAACCACUGGUGCAUGCACCUCUGCAGGCAGCUGCUGUGACCUCCAACGUGGCCAUAGCCCUGACUCACCAGCGAGGCCCUCUGCCCCUCUCCCCUGACUCUCCAGCCACCCUCCUUGCUCGCUCUGCUAGACGCUCAGCAGGCUCCCCAGCAUCCCCACUGGUGCCUGUCCGGGCAGGUCCUCUGCUGGCCCGGGGACCCUGGGCAUCCACCUCUCGCUUGCCUGCCCCACCUGCCAGAACCCUCCAUGCCAGCCUGUCCCGAGCAGGGCGUUCCCAGGUGUCCCUGCUGGGCCCUCCCCAGGGAGGAGGUGGUCGGAGGCUUGGACCUCGGGGCCGUCCACUCUCCGCCUCUCAACCCUCUCUGCCUCAGCGAACAACAGGUGAUGGCUCUCCAGGGCGCAAAGGCUCUGGAAGUGAGCGCCUGCCCCCCUCUGGGCUCCUGGCCAAGUCUCCAGGAACAGUCCAGCCACCCAGGCUACCAGUGCCUGAGCCGGUUCCCGCCAGAGGCCCCCAAAUUUCUGCCAACAUGUGAAAUCCUAGGGUACACUGGCCUUAGCUAUUGACAUGCAAUAAUGUGUGUCUGAGGGUGGGAGUACCUUGGGGAAGGCUGUAGAGAUCUAACGUACUGCCCCUUACUACCACAAAGCUGCGCUGUGUCUUCAGCUCUAGCAGCUGCAGCCUGCUAGUCUUAAUCAUAUUCCCAUUUGUCAUACAUAGGUAUCCAGUGCCUACCAUGUUCAAGGCACUGUUCUAGAUACUGUGUGUCUCCACUGCCAAGUAGGAGUGACCCCAGGCUACAGUCCUGCUAGGAGCAGGCCUGGGCCCACAACCCUGCCUUCAAAGCCCAAGUACUUCUGCCACCAUCACUGCCAAGUAACUAGAUGGCUAUUUUCCCAUCAGUGGCCCUGCAGGUUUUGCCCAGUGUGCCCUAUACUCUCAUUCCUGUGGUCAUAGCCGGGGACUGUCGAUUGUCUCUUACAGCCAACAGACAUCUAGCACCCUGAAUGUGAACAUCCACCCUCUCACUGCCGCCCGUGGGCCCUCCUUGUCCAUAUCAAGUGAGAACAGUGUCUGCCCACUAUAGCCCACCCUGUGCAGCUCCUGUGCAGUAGCACUGCCCUUAUAAACUAGAAACUGCUCUUCACUGUGCGCCCCUAAAGCAAAGGGAUACUUGGCACCUUCUUACUUACCAUGCCAGCCUAGCUUUCCCCAGGUAGGGGCAAGGGGCUGAAUCCUCAUGUGACCUUUUAUCUUUCCCUCUUUGUCUUAUUUAUGCAGUCCUUUAUUAAUUUUAUUUAUUAAUUUGCUAAUUUGACUUAUUCGUUUUGUUAUUCAUUUCUUUAUCUCUCCUCCUCACCUCCUGGCAGGGAGGCUAGGGGGCUAGGGAGACAUCUUUGUGGUCCUUGUACAAUGCCAUCAGCAGCAACACUCAAACUCGGUAUUGAGGUAGUGGAAAGAGGGAACAACAGGAGGACUGAACACAUUUUCCCCCUUAUCUGGGUUUGCUGUUGCUGCAGGAGAAGAGGGAGCCCUGGAGUAUCCGAACCUAGGAUGGGCAGGCCAGCAACCCCUCUGCUUUCUCAGGGACAAGAGCAAUGCACUGCUCACUCGCUAUGCCCGCUUUUGCACACUAUAGCAUUGAAGUGUGGGGGCAGGGCCACAUGUUCUUUGGUGAGGAAUUCUGGGAUUCUUGACCUGUGGGAGUUGUUUUAUUUGCACCUAAAUAAUUGGGUUUAAAACAAAAUAUUCAUUUUUGCUUCUGACCUUAUGUGGAAACAAAGUGGUUGUGGAAGAGUUUCUGAAUCAUCUGACCAGCAGAGCAGUGGGCAUGAGAACAGCCAGAUUAGUGAGCUCAGCUCCAUGGUUGUGGAGUCAGUAAGAAAAUAAGGCUGCCCAAAGUCCAGCUGGUGGUUCAUGCCUGUAAUCCCUACCCUUGAGGGGGCCAGGCAAGAGGAUUUCCACAGUAAGAGGUCAGCCUAAGCUAUACAGUGAGA